GCGUAGUCUAAGGAUACAGGAGCAAAAAGUGUUGUGCCGGUUCAUGAAAUUAUUUACUGAUGCUCGUGUGAUGUGUCUUUCUGGGCGCGAUAGUGUGUUUGUGCGUUUCACUGUGUGGUCAGUGUAGCAAGUAUGUUUAAUUAUUUUAUAUGUUGUCAACUUCUUCUUACAGUCAUGCGUAAAUUUACGGAAAAACAACUAACAUUUUUUUUCAUUGUUACUAAUGUAAAAGUAUAGGGGGGGAUCAUCUCGAUAGUUUCGAAGCUAAAUGUCUUUGCUAGCUGAGUGAAUUUUGAAAAAGAGCUUUGUGGAUGUGUACGUAAAAAAAAUUGCGUUUAGCUUGCCGGAAAUUUGCGUACAGGGAAGGGAAAAUAAAAGAUAUCGUUUAAGUGUGUCACCGUAAAAAGGAGCGCGGUAUUAUAAUUCAGCAAAUUUCGCACCGCAGUGUAGUUUUGGUAUGGAGCGCAACGAGAGGAAGAAAAAAAUAGCAACGCAUACUAGUGUACUGUUCUACUAAAAGAUGGUAUGUUAAGUGAGCAGAUAUUAAGAAGAAGGAAGCCUCUGUAUGUGCAGUGCAUCGUCGAGCAUAGUAAGCCGAGCAGCAGAAAGAAGAAAAAAAAGUACGGGUAGAAAAUCAAGUAGCUGUGGCAGCAAACAGCAGGAGCAUUGUGUUUCCUUUCACCCGCAUUAGUGGUGGUUGUGCACGGCCGCACACGCACACACACACACAUCGUAAUACGUAUCCUAAGUGAAAAGGGGGAAGGUGAAGAAGGACCACAACGUGCUGCACACUGCUGUGAGCGAAGGGAAUCGUCGCUUUUAUCCGUUUUCGCUUCCCCGCUACCCCGUGAUAGGUUUUCUGGUUUCUGUCUCGACGACAGCAGCAGAGUACAAGCAAUCGUGUGUAUCUUGUGUGUUACCACCAGCACCAGCCCCGUUGCGGUUGCCCGUAUAAGUGUGAGUGAGUAAGUGAGUGUGUGUGUUUUGUGUGUGUGCGUGCGUGUGUGUGUGCAUGUGCUGCGUCCGGUGCAGUAAUUUUGCGAGCGAGAUCGAAACGAUGCGCUGAAGAUAUUAUCGGCAUGAGAUGGAAGCAGCCACCAUUCGUUCAAUGCAGCAGGUCGGGCCUACCGGACAACGGGCCGACUCUGGCCCAUCGCCUCAACCGCCGCCGCCUGGAAUGUCGUAUCAGCAGCGCGUCCAAACUGCGACCGCUGCUCAAAUUCAUCGAACGGCUGAUACGACGCAGAGCUAUAGCAAGGGUGGGCCGUCGCCGUCGCAGUCAGUGCCUCGAUCGGCGGCAAGUCCAUUGUCACCACCUAGACCUGGUCCAGGAGCUGCUGGAGCCGCGACGUAUCCGUCAUUUGGAGGUGCUCCGGCGAGAGAGGCACCCUUGCGAUAUGUGCAAAAUAACUCGUAUGUCCCAACCUUCAUACGGGAUGCGAGUCCGUUCACCCGCGUCUCUCAGGUACAGCAAGUUGUCGCUGAGUACCGGCAGGUGGUUCCUUCCUCGGUUAUUGGAACAGCGAACGUAGUGCCCAAUAGCAUAAUUCCCUCAUCUAUCAGCAUUGUCAAUAAUAUGGAUGUGGUGCCGCUGCAUUCGACAUCGCAUCACAUCCAGCAGCAGCAACAACAGCAGCAACAACAACAGCAACAACAGCAGCAACAACAACAACAGCAGCAUCAACAACAAACCCCUCCAAUUCCAUCGCAGUCGUCUUCGGUUUCUUCUCAGCAAGUUGGGGGAGGAGCCCAGAUGAUGGUGGCACCUGUGCCGCAACAACAGCAAGCGCCCCAACCGCCACAGAUUGUGAUGCAGCAGAUUCCUCAACAGGUGUCGCAACAAACGUCCACGAGGCCCCGCAUUUCGUUGCUACAUCCAAACCCAGAUUACCAUCUGCAAACGUCGCGAUCGGUGGUCUCGACCGUACCGGAUAGCACGGGACCACCCGCAUUUAAAAAGAUUCGAUUAAAUGAAGUCGUAGGUUCGCAGCAUCCGCCUCCGGUUGUGGGAUCCGUGCCACUGACAGCUGGUGGUGGCAACAAUGCAACGACUUUGCUGAAGGUAGACACACGGGAAUCACCGGUUGUUAUGGUGCCGUCGGGAGCAUACCAUCCGCAAGUGGAGGCCAUCUCCCCUACACUGCCCAGUGAUCCGAUGGAAGAGUUACGAGCCACAAAGGACGAAUUGUUACAGCAGAUCGCCAAGGUGGAUAACGAGAUUGAUAAAGCGGAAAAGAAGAUUGCGUCACUGAAAAAGAAACAGGAAUCGCUGGAAGAAGCGUCAGCUAAGCCGCCGAUCGAAGAAAGCUCCUCGGAGGCACAGCCUAAGCACCGUAACCUAGCGCAGAAAAUUUAUGCGGAAAAUCGCAAACGUGCCUCCGCAGCUCAUGCCGUCCUUAGUACGCUCUGUUCAAUCGGAGCUGAUCCUCUCCCGUUGUAUAAUCAACCGUCAGAUGCGGAGCUGUGCCGAGAGGUACAGGAGCACCAUCGGAUGUUCAAACAGCGACUGCAGUUGUACUUCCGGAUGAUCAAAACAGAGCGUGCGGCGAAGCAGUGCGAGAUAACGGAGCGUUACGCCCAGUUAUCGCAGGAAUGGACCAAGCGCGUCGAUAAGUUGGAGGCGAGCGCCAAGCGUAAGGCAAAGGAAGCCAAGAAUCGGGAGUUCUUUGAAAAGGUUUUCCCGGAGCUUCGAAAGCAGCGGGAAGAUAAGGAGCGAUUUAAUCGUGUAGGUUCUAGAAUAAAAUCCGAAGCCGACCUUGAAGAGAUCAUGGAUGGUCUUCAAGAACAGGCCAUGGAGGAUAAGAAAAUGCGCUCAUAUGCUGUGAUUCCACCUUUAAUGUUAGACUCCAGACAAAGAAGGCUAGUGUUUAAUAAUGAAAAUGGAGCGCUGAUAGACAUGGAAACGGAAUUUAAGGAGCGGUUAAGUUUGAAUGUGUGGACAUCGGGAGAAAAAGAAAUUUUUCGGGAAAAGUUUUUGCAGCAUUCGAAAAAUUUUGGCACUAUUGCAGCCAGUUUGGACAGGAAAAGUGCGCAGGAUUGUGUGCGAUAUUACUACCUCAGUAAGAAGACGGAAAAUUAUAAACAGUUGUUAAGAAAGUCCCGACAGCGAACAAGAAGCUCUAGAAACCCUCAAAAAUCCAACCAGCAGCAAACACAAUCAAUUGUGGAUGCAAUGACUACUGGUGUUACGACAAGACUACAACGUGAACAACAACAAAAGACUGUAGGCCGUGAUCGCGCCGCGAAUUCAACAAAUAGUACGAUAGGAAGUAAUGCGACAUCCAAUGUUGUCAAUGUCACUACAAAUCCGUCAUCAAAUACCGUGCCCGCCAGCAGUAAUAAUGGCUGUAGCGGCAAUAAUAUCAACAACAGCAGUAGUAAUAAUAGUGUUACUAAUACUAACGCGAUCAACGAUGUCACUGGCACUGGUAACAAUGGCAGCAUUAGCGGUAGUUGCAAUACCAAUUCUUCGUCCCUAUCACCCAGUGGUUACAGUGUAUCUGCCUCGAUCACUGCAUCCACCGGACCAUCUGCUUGUGGUAACAAUAAUAACAAUGCCAGCAGUGGCAGCACUAACAGCAGUACCACUAUUAUGGGCAACGCAAAUGAGUCAAAUGUCAACAGUAAUGGAGGUAAUGUUAGUAACAGUAGCUGUACGACUGGUGGAGAUUCUACAGAGGCGUCUACGAAGACGAAUGAAAAUGAACUGAACGCAUCCACGGGCGCAGUGGCGCAUACAACAGCAGGGACAGCUUCUGCAGUAACAAAUGCGGCAACGAAUGUAGCUGCGUCUGGUGAUGUAUCAGCGAACAAUGAUCCUGGAGUCGAUGUACUAUCGUCUAAAUCUUCAAGCAGUGUUAAAGCUGCAAGUGGAACAGGAAACACUUCCACUGCAACACAGUCUGGAAAGGUCGAUCAAACAGCGGCGCAACCGCCGGUCGCAUCAUCGGUGGAAAAUAGUAUUGGAGUAUCGUAUGUUAUACCAUCCGCUACAAUAGCGUUGUCUAACAUUCCGAUAAACGACGUGAAACCCGAUUUAUUGUCAUUAAACUCCAACGCGAACCAGUCUUUACCGUCGACAGUUGAGCUAACACUCGGAUCGGUGGUAGCAAGCGUUGUCAGUAGUAAGCUGGGCAAUGUGAAAGAAGAUCUACAACAACUGAAAGAAGGAAUUAAUGCAAGUGACUCAUCGAAUAAACGGAAGGAUGAAAACACCAACGAAUCAAGCUGCACGGACAACCAGGAAGACAAAGCAAAUAAUGCUACAGGUGCGCUACACACGUGUUUCAUCUGUAAAGCAGAGCUAUGUUCACGAACCCGACCCAUUGAGCGAAGCCGGGCCGCGCAAUACGGUAUAUCGGAAACAGACAUACCUUCUGGAGCCAGAAUAUGCAACAGCUGUCAAUGCAAAUCGGUGAAAUCGCGUUAUACACACUGUCCACUCCCAACAUGCCCGAACCCUAAAGAUCGCGUGAAGCGUUUCCGCAAUCUUCCACCUCGGUUGUUCGAAUUGGCUCCCGAAAUACGUGAUCCGAUCGUGCAAGAGCUGCAAAUACCACCAAAUGUAAGCAAAUGUUGUUCGGCAUGUUUGACGCGUAUUCGACGUAAGAUGGGUCCGCACCUGCUCGGCAAUACGAGUCUAACGGAUGAUGAGGUGAAUCGGUUGAAAAAGUUACUGCAAGAGCAUGGGCCAAAAUGGAACCAGUUUGCAGAAUCCCUAUCGAAACCGGCUCUUGCACUGAAGAGUUGCUACUUUCACUAUCAGAAGAAGUAUGGGCUUGAUGUAGCGCUAAAUGAAUACUAUAAGCUGCAUCCCAGCGAGGAUCGUCGUUCGGUAAUGACGGAUGGGGAUGAGUCCGACCUUAGUGCUGGAUCGUCGUCCUCCGAUGAACGGGAUGGUGGCAGCGACACAACAGCAUCGGCCGAAAGUCCAACUAGCGGCAAUGCAGGAGCAAAUAGUGUUACAAUCGGUAAUACGACACUUGGAGCGAAGGGUAACAGUGGUAUCGUUAGUGACGGUACAUCUCUUUCGGAAGGUGUAACAGCAGCGAAAUUAGACGAAGGUGGAAUAAUUAUGCUAGGUGGCAGCAAUGUAACAACUGGCGUUAUUGGCAAUAGCAACAAUAAUGGCGGUAGCGGUAGUGAAGUGGCUAUUUCUCUUGCUCCACCACCGAAAACCACCGCCACAGUCACUGGGUCGGCUUCAUCGACAUCAUCGGGGAGCAGUGGCGUAGCAUACGAGGAUGAUCGCUUACUUCCACCUGGUCAACCACAGCCAAGGAAACCAUUGCGUCAUACAGAAGAGUAUGAUAGUUCAGCGACGGAAACAGCUGACGAAGAGAACGAAUCGUCUCCGGCAAAUAGACAGAGUCCUAAAGUUUCUCUCUCACAUCCGCCUAUACCUCAUUCGCACUAUCCGCCACCAUUGCACCAUAGCACUGGACUUGCGAUGUUGCACAACUCCAUCACCAGUACACAGCAACAAUCAAAUGGUCCUCGCUCGAACGAUCGAAUUGGUGGAAGUGGUGGUGUAGGAGGCAGUGGCAGUGGUAGUGAACUCCAUAAUGUACGAGACGUGAUGUUAAACGUGAUCGAGAGAUCCUUAAAGAAUAAUUCGUUGACGCCAGCCAGCAAACCACCACCGCCAGGAUUACGUGACCUACAAUUUGGACCGAGCGUCACUCCUCCUGUUCCCUCUGGACAGCAAAUACAACCAGUACCUGGUGCUGCGUCGUCUGUGUCUUCAUCCGGAACAAACUCUUCGUCUACAACAUCAUCGAUGAUUAGAGACUACCGCGAUGGAACGAAGGUACUGCUUACCUCGGCAACAGGCAUUCCUCAGCCGAUUUCCGGUGUUUCUACUGUAUCGUCGUCUCAGUCGGCGCAGCCACCGAAUCAGCAUUCGAUGCCAGUGUCUACAUUAGGUAUUACGGUGGUGAAUUCUCAUGGACAAAUUAUUGCUUCACCAGGUCAACAGUCUCAUCCAUCUUUACCACCACCACUUGUCGGUGGUCAUGUACAGUUAAGUCAUCAUCAUGCAUUGGGCGGUCAAAUUCCAGCUACUAUCACACCAAUUCCACACUCUAUUCAUCUUGGAGCAUCGUCUAACUUGAAUUCUUCGGUAGUGCGUACACCGAAUGAUGAGCCACAGACGUUGGAUCUCAGCAUUAAAAAAACACCUCGUACGGAGUCGGUAGCCGCCGCAUCUACGGCGACAACAAAAUCAAUAGAGAUUAGCAACAACAGUGGCGCCGGAGGAAACUUUCCACCUCCACCGGCCCACAGUCACAGCAAUAGUAAUCACCACAGCGGUCCUACUGCUGGAAGCAACGGUACUGGGGCAAGUAGUGGAAGCAACAACAACGUUAACAAUAAAUUUCAUCUUGGUCAUCCAGGACCGCCAAACUCGCAUGGUGCGUCUGUUACUGUUUAUCGGACGGAUGGUGGUGCGUUUUCGGGACCUAACAUUCCGUCAUCGUCCGCUGUUGCUGGAGGCGGUCCGUAUGUGAGCUAUCAUCCACCUGUGUCGGGAGCUUCUGAUGCGAUGGGACGACCAUUGACAAAAUCGCCAUCUGGUGCUGGAGCGACGUAUCUUACCAUACCGUUAGGCACGGGACCGGGGCAGAGUGGUGGGUUGCAAGUUUCCACCGGAUCGGGUCGUCAGUCAACGUUGUCUUCCCUUACACCGCCUCCACCAUUGUCUAGUAGUGGAGGUCCAAAGGGAAAGAACACUCCCAAGUUGAGUCCCAAGUUAUCGAGCAGUGGUUCUGUAGGUGGUGUUCCCAAAGGUGGUUCUAUAACGCAUGGUACUCCGGUAAAUGUGAAUCAACAACAGCAGCAGCAGAAUCAGUUAAUCAUUCAGGGUCAAUCGUCAUCGUCGGCAACAUUAAGCCCGCGGUAUGAAAACCAUCUUCUUCGUCAAACUCCUCCAUCAUCGGUUGGUUCCAGUGGUCACCCAGGUGCUUCUUCAUCGCCCGUUAUAAUGAGUGACAAGUUCAUCGGCUCCAUAACCCAAGGAACUCCUGUGCAUGGUGGUAGCGGAGGACUUUUGCCUGACAAACGUUCCAACUCUUCAGCAUAUGACUAUAAGCGUCAGAGUCCGGCACAAACGAUAGUGGUUCCUGGUGGAGGACAUGUCCUACCAAUUCAGUUUAAUCCCUAUGGAGCUGGCGUUCGUGGCGUUGGUGGGGGAAAUGGUAAUGGAGCUUCGGGCGUUGCAGCUUACCCUUCAUUGGAACCAACUUCCCAGCAGUUGAGCUCGAGGCAAAUCAUCAUGAAUGAUUAUAUCACUUCACAACAGAUGCAAGGUCGAACUAGUGGUGCAGGUGGUAGUGGAGCGGUCGGUUCUGCUGGUGUCGUACCAUUGGUUGUGAACGCGGGUGCUGGUGGACGCUCUGGAAAAGAAUCUCCAUUGCCACGAAGUGUUAGUGGCAAUGUAGUUGGUGGUCCCGCUCCACUGUCGAUUCCGCCAGGAUCGAUUUAUGGUCUUGUGGGAAGUAAUGUGGUUGGUGCGUCACCGUUGGGAAUUGUUAGCAGCCGACAAGCUCAGAAUGAUUAUCUAAGCAGAACUUCACCAGCUGCAGAUCAUGUUAACAGAAUUUCUCCGGUGUACAGUAACACGUCUAGUCCUCAUCGAACUCCACCGCCACCACAGCGACAAGGUGUUAUUCAGCGCCACAACACUAGCGCCAACAGCGGAAACAGUAAUGCUUCUGGGAAUGGAGGUAGUAACAGUGGAAAUACAAAUUCAGCAAUGGUUGCUGGAGGCGGUAGUGCCUCUUCCAAACCGCCAAGCCCAGCCCCGCGCUAUCAUUUGCAGCCUCCACCGCCGCCUCAUCACUACCUGCAAGAUGCAUUUACUUCGUUUGUUGAUCUAGCAGUGCAACAGCCACCGAUGACAGUUCCCCAUAAGGACGAUGUAAAACGAACGGCAAUGGAUCAGCAACAACAACAACAACCGCCCUCGAUAUCGGCAGGAUUGUCGAUUUCAUCGACCCAUCAUCAUGAUAUGCGAUAUCAACAUCCCAGCAUGAUCCCUUUUCAUCAUCAACAGCAUCACCAGCAGCAGGCAAAACAAACACCGCAAUCGGUGCCGCAUUCACAGCAAUCACAACAGCAACAGUUACACCAAGCGCAACAGCAAUCCCAACAACAAUUACAUCAGCAACUGCAGUCACAGCAGCAAUCCCAAUUGCAAUCUCAACAACAGCACACACAGCAAGCCCAAGAACAGUCCAAAACUCAACAGCAGGACGGGCAUAAAUUGCAGUCACUGGAAGUCUCAAAAGCUCAGUCACAGUCGCAACCACAGCCGACCCCUUCACAGCUGCAGUCUCAAUCCCAAGCUCAUCAGCAAGUGCAAAAUCAGCAACAGCAGCAUCAACCGGCACAAUCUCCACAACCGCCGCAUUCCCAACAUCAGCAAUCGAAACAACAAUCGCAAUGUCAGCCAACGCAGUCACAGCAGGGUCAACAACUGCAGUCCACUCCGCAAUCUCAUCACUCAGCGCAAUCACUGCAAGAAAAUCAAGACAAUGAGCAAGAACAUCAGAAGCAUCAACAGAAGCAACAGCAGCUGCAUCACCUGCAUCAUCAACAGCAACAAGCUGCAGCCGCCGUCGCUCAGCACCAUUUACAAUUGCGACAGCAGGACCUACAGCGCCGUCAUCAGCAAUCUCCUUUGCAUCCUUCGUUACAACAGCUGGGACCUAUUCCGUCGUAUCAACGGGAUCCUCAUGCUGACCAGCGGGAUCGCCGUGAUGAGCUGAAUUUCCGUGAACGCGUUGAACUCGAACGCAAUAUUAUGGUUGAAAGAGCGGAACGUGAACGAGAUCGCGAACGUGAUCAUCGUGACCGUGAGCGGGAGCGCGAACGAGAUCGCGAAAGGGAACGGGAACGCGAUCGUGAGCGAGAACGCGAACGCGAACGUGAACGAGAACGGGAGCGUGAUCGCGAUCACCGUGAACGACGUGAGCUGGAACGUGAGCAACAGGCACGAGAACAACUUCAUCGCGAUCGCGAGCGUCUCGAUCGGCAUCAAGAGGCAGAAGAACGCCGUAGAAAGCAACAUUAUGAUGGGUUUCUACCAGAUCGACGAGACAGGGCAAUCGAAUUAAUGGGUGCACGGACAACUUCCGACGGUUCACUAACAGCAGCAAAUUUAAUCGAUGCUAUCAUUACACAUCAGAUCAGUCAAACGGCUGUCGAACCACCUCCAAUGCCGUCGAUACGCGAUCCUCUCAGAACACCCUACUUUGCUUCCCGCGAUCAGCGUUCUAUGGCGAUGCAGCAGGUGAUAAGUGAAAAUAAUGGGAGUAAAUCUCAUUCUCCAAACGUCAUAAACGUUGAUUUGGAUUCGGACAACGUGCAUCCGCACCACCGACGGGAAAUUAGCGGCAUGAGUGGCAAUAGUCUUAGUGGUGUGAAAAACAUAACACUUGGCGAGUUGACAGAAUCGAUCAUAGCGAAGGAUUACUCACCGAACCCGAAUCCGUUUCUAUCGCUACGUCCACCAAUGAUACCGUACGGCGCGGCAACAGCAGGCAAUCUCGGUGCGGAAGCUAUUCUAGCUGCCGAUCAGUGGAAGCAUCGACGGCCAACGUCGGUAGCAACGUCAGGCAAGGAGGAUCAAAUGCAACGUGGUGGUGGUGGUCACGAAGGUCAAAAAGGUCCUGGUCGAGUAACACCGGAAGAUCGACAUAUAAUACGUUUGGCUCAAUCGCCCGGACCGAGAAAUAAGUUUCAUGAAUCCGUUUCACCUGACGCGUCACAAUUCUUUCAUCCGGGACCGCAUUUGGGACGUGUAGGUGGCGCAGCAGGCCCUCAUGCAGGAGCCGGCGGUCGGGAUAAUUUUGUCCUAGAUUUUUACGUAAAGAAUCGUAUAGUCGAAGCAAUGCGUACGGAGGAUGAAAAACGUGCUGCGUCCGACGCGUCGAUGGUGGUAGUGGUUGAUGGAGGCAGUGGUGGAAAUCGAAACGUUGAUCGGCAGCAAUCUUCUCCGCGCAGUUUUCAAAACCUUUCACCGCAUCACACCCAACCAGGUUCAGCUCACCACCAUGUGAAGGAAAUGGGUUUGGUGGAUCGCAGUGGCACUCCGGCAUCUGGAGGAAGUGAUGGACAGCAGCAAUCUCUUCAUUCUUCGAUUGAAGAACAAAAACAAAACCAGCAAUAUCCACAACAUUCUACACCAUCUUCCUUACUAUCAACAUCUAGCACUACCACAACGAGUCCGGCCAUCGUUCACAAUACGUACCAUCAGCAACCUAUAACGACCUUCACUACGCCUCCCACGUAUGCGUAUCCGUUUAGUGCCCUUACGGUCGCCAGUGGAGCACCGCCCAGUUCUUCUUCCUCUGGGCAUCCUUCAUCCUCAGCUGCAUCUUCUACAACUUCUAUAGCGACAACGAUGGGAACCGGAGGUAACGGAAACAGUAGUGUCACCGGUAUGAAAUCAAUCAAUUCUGGUAUGAUUCUCACCGGAAGCGGUCCUGGUGUAGGUGGAAAUAAUUCUAUUGGAGUGAACAGUGCUGGCGGGGUUAGCGGUCCUGGUGGUGUGCUGACAGAUGAUCGUCACACUGCCUCUUCCUUAGAACCGAAGCCACUGCUAUCUGCUCAGUAUGAAGCGCUCAGUGAUGAGGAUUAAGGAAGAAACGUGAGGAAAGACGGUGUAAAAAGAUGGUAUUGCAAAAUUGGAUAUUCGUGGUGUUGGCUCGAUACAAUUCGCAUGAAUAACGAAUCAGUUUUCUCGUUCGAAGGUUCUCAUUGGUCGUAUCUAAAACCACCCGUUCCCGAUGAUGAAGCAAACAUGGAAGGCUUGUUUUUCUUUUGUUUCUAUAUCGCAUGUCAACUAAAACAUUGUUGACCGAAAGCAAAUAGUUCAAACAUACAUAUAUUGGUUAAAGUGAAGUACGAUUUUGCACGGUCAGAUGGCUGUAAAAUGUGAAAUAAUACAAAAUUUGUCUUAAGGAAGGUUCAUAUACUGCUUCUCCUAUUACCUUGAAAUGAUAUGCUUAGUAACGUGUGGUACCAACCUUAAACGAGCAGAACUUUAAAGUGUCGAUAAUGAGGAGGACUAAAAUGUUACACGAGUUAAACAUCGCAGAACAAACAAACCAAUCAACAUACAAACUUAAACAAUUUCAUCCGCCAUACGUUAGACAAAGGUGAAAGCAAUAACUGCAGUUAAAGAAAAAAGUAAACACACAAAACAUGUACGAAAGUAUAGUGAUAGACGAUCGAAAAAUUUCGAGGAUUACGAACAAUUAGGGAUUUAUUUGCUAGUACCUACUUAUAGUAUCGAUAAACAGGAUAUAUGAUUUGUACUACUGGUUGCAUGCAGUACUUCACGUAUUACGAUAUUCCGUAUUCUUUUGUAUAUUUUUUAUAAAUUCUUUUGUAAAACUUUAUAACAUUUAAAAAUGACCACAAACAAAAACUAAUAAGCAAACGCCAGUUUAUUGAUUUAAAUGAAGUGUUUUUGUUUUCUGCUUUCCAUGUCAUGCAAUUUUGUAUCUAAUGUUCAAUUUAUUUUGUAUGACAUUGCACAGCGUUGUAAAGCAUUUUUGACGAUUGGCAAUGUUCGGAACCACGUAAAUUUGUGAAUUUACUUUUUUAUGUUUUGUUUUUCGACAGCAUAAAUGGAUGUAAAAAAAGAACAAUAUUCAAAUCAGGAAAAAAAAUGACUCAUUUGAGAGAAAAUGAAAUUGUGAGGUUAGCGGAAAAAGUUAAGAGCGUCACGAUAUGGCAAGAUAUAUAGUAAUUGCAAGCAAAAUAGAUGCUUGUACACUCACACAAUAACACACAAUUCCGAAAACAUAAUAAAACCGAUAGUAAAAGCAUGAUUAUUACACACUCCCCAAAUGAAAUGUUGUAACUUACCGGAGAUGUAACAUUACACAUUAUAAGGCAACGACAAAUAGAACAAAUUGACACGUGGUUUUCGUAGAGAUCGGAAUCGGAUUCGCCCAAUCGGAAGUACAUUUUUGUUUGCCAACACAACGAGACGGAAUUCGACGAUUGUAAACACAUAUUCACAAUGCAAUUGUUUAUUGGCCAAUCAUGCCGCUUCGACCGCAAAACGAAUGGGCGUACAGAAAUAAAGGAAAAAACCUUUUUUGAGCUGAGCUGACUGCUGUUUUGAAAUAUCAUGGCUUUAUCAUGCGUUUGAAUUACAUUGCUUGACCACCAAAUCCAAUGUAGACGCUUUUGCCGAUGCUAAACUGCCCUAUGAUUGAAUAUAUCGUUUUAGUUUAUGUGUAAUUGCUGUAUUGUGGUAUAACCAUUAUUGGCCUAUACAAACAGUAAGGCAAUCGCACACAUAAUCAGGAGUGAAAUGAUACAACUAUUCAAUCCCGUUUAAUGAUGCAAUUGAACAGUAUAGUACGUCGCGAAUGUAAAAGACACCGAACAAGCGAAAAUGUAAGAAAUGAGUGCAGAUAAAAAGUAAGAGGAGUAAGUUAGAGCAGGAGAAAAUUGAUUAGUAGAAGAAGAAGGGUAGCAGCUAAUCGUUAUUAGAAAGGAUAUUACUCAAAUAGACGAGAACAGCACACUAUGUACAGUAAUACAAAGGACAGAAGAACGGCCUCCAAACACACACACGUAAAUUGUGCUGAAGUCUGCGUAAAACUGGCUGUUCUGUUCUUUGUUAAUUUUCCUUUAAUGAUCUUAGUUUACACAUUAUAUCGAUUACGAUUUGUUCAUUUUAUUUUCCAACGAGUAAUUUACAGAUUACGAAAAAAUGAUUAGAAUAUGCAUUAAAUAAAGGAAGGGUCACUGGGAGGUAUAUUGCAAAUUUAUAUGUAAGAAAAACACGAAUACAGCUGAGUGAAUGAUAAAUGGAUGAUAAACUUGUAAAAGGACAUAAUAGGAACCAUACAAAUAAUACUGCACGGGCGCGAAAGUAAGUAAUAGGAGCAGUCGUAAACUUUGCAGUUGAUGCAGUGAAUAUAUAAGUACGAACUGAAGUGAAUAGAGAGAAAAGAAACAAAUGAACCGAUAUGAUAUGAAUAUAAGACCGAGUAGAUAGUGAGAUAACACGUAACUAAAAGUAAACAAACAAAGAAGUAAAGAAAAUAAAGUGAAAAUGUAAAUUAAAUCUAGUCGUGUUUCUUAUUGUGUUUUAUGAACAGUAUUUCAGUAUACAUAACCGAGUUUUGUUGAAAGGUGCAAGUAAUAAGUACAUUUAACUUGUUACCAAUGGUAAAUGAAAUGUGUUUUAGAUGUGACAUGCUUACAUGCUAGCAGUUAAACUACCGUGACGUGCGGCUUACUUGUUGAGUGUUUAAUAUGCUGGAACAUGGCAAAGUCACACAUAAAAAGAAUGAGAAAAUUAAUGAAAAAUCUUUAAAAAUGUACACCGCUAAAGCUUUGCGGAAAAGAAAUGGACACGGCUAUCUCUACGCUAUCUUCAACGCUAGAGAGGACCAUGCAAAGAUUUUGGAGCUAGAAAUUGUGGAGACCAUCAUAGGAGAUUCUUAUACGAUAGUGUUGGUAUAAAUUCCAAUCGGAUCGUUCCGCCUAAUGCAUAACUGGUUAGCCAAGUACGAUUACAAUCAAAGAACGUCAGAACGCACUGAGAGGUUAUAUAACUCAUUAAAAUGCUACCGGACGAUCCUGCUCGUAUUGUCUUGAGAAUAAUACGACUUGUGAAUAAUCCCAAUAUGAGUAAGAAUUACUAUAAUUUGAUAAGGGUAACAUUUGUCGUUAUUUUUGUUGAUCUACCUCUUUAUCAACCGGCGAACGAUUUGAUAAAGAUGAGUGAAGAAGAGAGAGGUAUCUGAUUAGAGGAUGAUUGCUAUUAGAGAUGGCUAUUACGAACAACGUGGACAAAAUCUAAGCCUUGGCUAUUACUCCAAAAUACAAUUGGCUUGUUGCUACGAUUUGUAUGUUUAAAGUUUACCCCAAAGAUUUCGUCUUUCCUGCACAAUGAUCACAGUCCAAUGAUCAGUCUGAUCGAGGUACCUUGGUCGUGGUGAUAGAGUGAUUCAAAGAAAGAAGCAAACAACAUUCGACGAAGCACGAUUGAACAAUCUGGUGUCUAAGAUCUUUGAUUGAUAAUCUACAAACAACUUCAAUGGCACAGCUUCGGCAGCUUCACCGUUGGCUGGCUAGGACACCCAUCGCACCAUUCGACGACUGCUGAUGGUGAAACGUACCCAUACACACGCAUGGAAUUGGCGGCAUGGUCAGUGAUCAGUGUGCGGUCCGCGUGGUUCGCGCAUCAGUUGACAUUUGACUUCGAAACGAUACGGGUCGGGAUCGCGGAUGAUCGUGCAUUUCUAGGCGAGUUGUGUUGUGAAAGUGUGCAGUGCAUUUCAAGCUUUUCUUUAGUGAUUUUCCCGGCACAUAUUAUUUUCUCCUCUUUGAAGCAGAACGGCGGGGAACGGAGAAUUUAAUUUUGGAUUUGAAAAGGUAACACAUUAUGUGCAACGUUUGAGCGAUGAGUUACGAAAGAAGUGAUUAGAAUCGGAAAAUGCAAAGAUUUUGCUUGCGUUUGAGUUAAGGGAAACAUGUAGGGGAACGGUUUUGCUCCGUGAUAAGAAGCGUGGAGAGAAAGUGCUAAAGUGUAAUCAUAGUCGUAGGUGUGUAAUGAGAUUGGUACCGAAAGGAACACCAUUUUGGGAGUGCAAAGAUUGUGAACUGUGUUUUGCUCUUGGGUUUUACUCAAUCACGACGGCGGUCUAUAUCUAUAUUGACCCAGAAUUUAGGUAACCUGUGACAGUCGUGCGAUACAUCGUACCUAACCUAAGAGGCUCAGCUUCUGCGCCAUCGCGCGCACAUGUACCACAAGUGAAUAAUUUGAUUUAAUUUAAUUGACCAAGAAUGCGAUUGCCGUUUUGCUGUAUUCGUGUACAAUCAUUUGCAGCAUGGAAUGGAGAGCAGUACGACGAGGUGAUGCUUCGGUUGGUGAAUUCCCAUUGCACUCUUACUCAUGGUAUUAAAGUAUGUAGUGUACUGGUGAGGAGGUGGUUUACCACUCUGAAGAAUUUGUUUGAAUUUAUUUAUUUUCUCAUGAAAAAUUUCUUUAUUUGAUCUUGUGAUGUAAUGUUUGAACGACAAGCACCCUCUAACGAGUAGAACGAUGUAUCGCACAUUAGCAUGACUGUAGGUGUGCCGUUUUGUCCUGUUGUCCCUUUUGUUUGCCAGAACAUUUGUAGUGCUGAUAGGCAAACAAACAAUGGUUGUACUGUGUAUGGUUGUAUUUAUUUGCUUAUAAAACUUGUAAAACAGCUAAAAGUGUUGCAAAUCUUUCCGUCGCCAAAGACUUGUAGCACACUGGACUCCGGAGGGUUGUGAAUUCGAGAAUAAGCCAACAGGUUGUGAUCGAGAGAAGAUUUGAAGGUCAUUAUGAUUAUCAUAAAAGGCAAUCGCACACAAAAUCAGGAGUGAAACGAUACAACUAUCCAAUCCCGUUUAAUGAUGCAAUUGAACAGUAUAGUAGGUCGCGAAUGUAAAAGACACCGAACAAGCGAAAAUGUAAGAAAUGAGUGCAGAUAAAAAGUAAGAGGAGUAAGUUAGAGCAGGAGAAAAUUGAUUAGUAGAAGAAGAAGGGUAGCAGCUAAUCGUUAUUAGAAAGGAUAUUACUCAAAUAGACGAGAACAGCACACUAUGUACAGUAAUACAAAGGACAGAAGAACGGCCUCCAAACACACACACGUAAAUUGUGCUGAAGUCUGCGUAAAACUGGCUGUUCUGUUCUUUGUUAAUUUUCCUUUAAUGAUCUUAGUUUACACAUUAUAUCGAUUACGAUUUGUUCAUUUUAUUUUCCAACGAGUAAUUUACAGAUUACGAAAAAAUGAUUAGAAUAUGCAUUAAAUAAAGGAAGGGUCACUGGGAGGUAUAUUGCAAAUUUAUAUGUAAGAAAAACACGAAUACAGCUGAGUGAAUGAUAAAUGGAUGAUAAACUUGUAAAAGGACAUAAUAGGAACCAUACAAAUAAUACUGCACGGGCGCGAAAGUAAGUAAUAGGAGCAGUCGUAAACUUUGCAGUUGAUGCAGUGAAUAUAUAAGUACGAACUGAAGUGAAUAGAGAGAAAAGAAACAAAUGAACCGAUAUGAUAUGAAUAUAAGACCGAGUAGAUAGUGAGAUAACACGUAACUAAAAGUAAACAAACAAAGAAGUAAAGAAAAUAAAGUGAAAAUGUAAAUUAAA